CUAGUGACGUCACAUUACCAGCCCAAUGUCCUGUGUAAUAUCACAAUGGCUGAAUGUCUCUCGCAGUAUUAUCAAUACUUCCGCACGGAAAAGCUACCGUCAGUGUUGAUACGAAGUAUUUGUUUACAUUGACAGUUCUCAAACUCGACAGGUGGAUUUGUAAAGGGUUGUUUGUGUGACGUGGCUUUGUUUUCCAUUCACUGUUUUAUUUACUACACAGGUUCCUGAUGACAAGUCGUCGACCCAAUAAUAGCUAUGGGUAAGGACGACACAGAGGUUGUGACAGCCAGGCCCUUUAUCCACCAAGUCGGUGGACGUGCGGUCAUGCUUGAGAUCUCACCGGGAACGAUAUGUAAAUUAUACAACGAUCGGGAGUUCCAGUUUUAUGAAAAUAUUCCGGAGUAUCUGAAGGAGUUUACGCCACAUUACAAGGGUCUCGUAUCUGUCAAGUGUAACUAUGACGACGCCACUCCUACGUUCCGCGCCGAAGUACCCGGAUAUAUCCUUCGGAACUCCAGAGGUGACCCGAGUUGUCAACAUGAAUCACGUGCGAAAUUGAAAGAAGUGAAGACGGGAUUGGCCAAUUGGAGUAUGUUGUGUAUAAAAAGGGACAUAAAAUCCAGAGGAGUCUGGUCUGACCAUGAUUACAUCAUGUUGGAAAAUCUUGUUGGAUCACUGAGGAUGCCCUGUAUACUCGAUCUAAAAAUAGGAACAAAACAAACUGGUGAUGACACGUCUGAAGAGGACAAGAAGUUGCGUGAACAUCGAUCAGCGAAUUCCACUUCCGGAACUCUGGGUAUUCGCUUGAGCGGUAUGCAUAUGUACCAGAUGGAGAGUGACAACUACCUGUCGCACAACAAACAUUACGGCUGGACUCUGGACGAGGCUGGGCUUCGUCAGGUGCUCAGACAAUUCUUCUAUAACUGUUGUAUCACGAACGUGCGACGUGAGGUUACCCGGAUUAUAAGUAAACUCCACAGACUCCAUAGCAUACUGUCCACACAAGACUUACAUUACUUCUUCGGUUCUUCGCUACUGCUGUUCUACGACGGUUAUAAAAAUAAUCGUCCUUGUGAUGGCCAAUUGAAUGACGCGAAUGCAUUUUCUGCAGCGAAUACCGACCAAUCAGCAGAGGAUUUGAAUGAAUACUCGUCAUGUGAUCAGAAAGGUGAUAGAAGAGAGGAGAGAAGUUGUGUGAAAGAGCAUUGCCGGACUGAAUGUAGUUGUGAAACAGGAAAGGCAGAUAUUAGAUUGAUUGAUUUCGGUCGCACUGUGCUGAAAUCUGACAUGAAGGAACGCAGUUAUGGUGUAGAGUUUGAGGAAGGUGUUCUAUUUGGACUGGCGAAUCUGAUCAAUAUACUACAGUCAAUUAUCGAUAGUUAGUACCGUUUAUAUAUCCAUGUACCCAGGAAUGCUGUGGUUCAUAUCUAAAUAAAUUACCUUGUGUUAUUUAAUACCACAUAUAUCAUAGUAUCGAUUGUCGAUAUGCAUUGUAUUUAAUUUCAAAUAUCAGUUUAUGCUCCGCUAUGGAGUAGACAGGGGCAUCAAGGGUUACCAAGAUUUCCAGUAAUCACUAUGAUUCAUACUUCUUUAUGGAUCCAACAUCCACCCUGUGUAUUGAAAUAGGAACAUUGAAUGAUAUUCAUUCACUCUAUAAGACGCUACAUCGCCGACAAUGAGUAAACUGCCCGUCAGCUGAAUGCAAGAAGGGGAACCAAGGAUAGAAAAAUAUAUUUAAUCAACACCAACAAAUGAAAGACCAAACCAGCGUUAAUAGAUAAAUAUAGAGACGAAGUAAAAUAGAAUUUCUUCGGGAUGCAAUUAAUUAUACAAUGUAUUUUCAUUUAAACUGUAUACGAUAAAUAUAGACGCUCCAACGUUUGGAGUGCUGUGAUAAAGAAUGUAACUCGUGGUUUGGUAUAACCAUUUUUAACAGUCAUUAU